CCAGCGAUCCCAAGCUUCCACCCCGCCCACCCAACAUUGUCGCUACCUAUCCCUGCAGCACUGGAGAGCCGCGUCGUGUCUCCUCGACGGCAAAACACAAUAGUCCCACGCCAGAAAUGACCAAGUUUACAACCAAGGAUGGUUGAAAGGGACACUAUUGAGACACUCCUAGAGACGGGGUCCUGGAGGACCGCGCGCUCGAGGAGCCCCCACCCUUACGAUUCACAACGUCGGGCGUACGAACCGCCCAGGUCUAACAUCGGUAUCCCCAGGGCAGCGGGAUCGGCAUCACGCACAAAACGACCACCCGCACCGUGCGUCGAGGAUGAAGAUGAAUCGUUGGCAAAAGAACACAUUGGUUCGGUCGUGUCGGACUCGUCCGACGAGGGACCCAAGCAUCGCGGCGACAUCGACCAGCAGCCCAUUCUACUACCCGUACACGAGCACAACCCCGAGCGUCGAUUCGUGAUUGUUCCGGGCGCCGCCGGGGAGGAUGCCCCAAAAACUACCCAGGCCCGAUAUGAUGCGAACACCUGCCGCAAAUACGUCAUUGUACCCUCCGAAAAGGACGCGGAGAGUGGAGAGAGCGGGAACGAGGACAGGCGGAGACGGGAGACGCCCAAAGAGAAUCCCUCCAAAUUUGAAGAACGUCCGGGUUCACGGAAGGGGAGGCCCGAAAUCGUGAAGCGGAAGAGCCACCAAGACUUGCCCCGUCUCACGACCGACUUCGAUCCCGAAGAGCCAUCUGUUCGGCCUUCAAGUAGCCGCCGUGACCGGGAGAAGCCCCUCGUGCACCAAGAGGCACAGGGGUACCACUCCUCUCGCGACAGGUCCAGCGCAAGACCGUCCGACAACGACUUUUUAUCGCCCGCUGCCGUCAAACAUAAGACCAAGCGACGUGAUCGAGCCUAUUCGGAUGUCAGAUCAGACACGGGGCCGAGAUCCGGCCGUAGCCCCUCAACCAGGAGGGAUGCCGAGGUUGAAGUGUCGGACAGAAAGCGGCCGCACCACUCAUCCAGAUACUCUGUGAGUCCAGGCGUUCAUCGACGGGCCUCGUCCACCACAAAUGUGCCAGUCGGGGACAAUGGGUGGCAGAAGCCAUUCCCUCAACAGCCCACCGGUUAUUACAAUGAUGAUGACAUUCUCGCUUUCAUGGCACCGGGCGACGACUUUAUGACAGAGAAGCCCCGGAGAGGCGUGUCCCCGCCGAGAAGGACUCGGAAUAGCAACUCUCCGCCUCACCCCCGCGGCGCAAGGGAGAUGCCCGGCACAUCGCCGACCCGCAGACGCCAUCCUCGCUCUGCAAAUCGUGACCGGGACGGGUACUCAAGUGAUGAUAGCUACAAGGAGCGGAAUUCCAACCGCGCCGAACGCCCCUAUCCCACCCGGUCAACACUAGAACCGGACCUUCCGCCCACACUCUCGCCAGACCAAGCCCGACGCUCAAAUGCCAGGCUUGCAGCCAUUCCGCCACUGGCAGCUCCGUUCCCGGAUGAAGCACCCCAGCCAAGCCCGCGGAGCGCAACUUUCCCGACUGAUAAAAGCCGGAAGGUCGGCGAGCGCUCCAUGUCGCCAUCUUCCAUUACCAGCGCCUCUCCAUCCCGACGCCCCGGCCGAGGGAAGACGGCCCAACCAGGAGUUCACUCUCGAGACGCCAGUAUCGGUUCGGCCAAUGGUUCUACUACGCUGCCACCUCUAGUGUCGGGCACGCUCCCUCGGGCUGCUACUCUGGAUAGACCUUUGCCGGGCCCAGUAGCGACCCUCGCUCGGCAGGAAUCUUCGGAUGUGCAGUCGCCGACGCUGUAUUGGCAACCCGGCCGCUCCGCCGAACAAGGCGCUGCCGAUGAUGACGUAACAAGCCACGCUCUUGCCCAACUUCCUGACUGUCAAUGGAAAUACCCCACCGUGGCCAGGAAUAAGCCGGGCAGUGAUCAGUUCCUCACUUUGAAGAGGGCCGACAAUUUCGAGAUUUGCCCCGGGUGCUAUCGGGUCCUGUUCGCCAACACGGAAUUCCAGCAUAUGUUCGUCCCGGCCCCCAUCCGUACUGGGGACCAGGUUAUCUCUUGCGAUUUUGGCGCCUCGCCCUGGUAUCGCAUCGCUUACCUCAUGACGCUGAAACACGACUUCCCCGACCUUCGUCUGCUACAAGGGAUAGCAUCCGUCGCGGCGCGGACACAGGCCUGUGCAGGGAGCCAGCCCGCAUCGCGCGUCUGGUAUAGCAUGAUGGCGCCGAACUCCAGGCGUCCCAUCUCGAGAUUCAACGUCUGUCUAGGCUGUGCCAAGAUGGUCGAAGUCCUCCUCCCAAACCUUGCCGGCAUCUUUGUGCCCCUAGGCUCGCAUGAGGCAGCACGCGGCAUCUGCGAGCUUCACUAUGUGCCGGAGCGGAAGCGCUUCUUCGACUACUUCGAGGAGAUGAAGACAACGUCCGACAAAGCACUAACCCGUAGGACUGCCCCAGAUCUUACGGAGCUGGUCGACCGUGUCCGGGAAAUCUCGAUCCACGAUGAGUGCCUGCGCAACACCCCGAUUCCAAACUACAAGUGGCACGUCAUGCAGCGGGUGCCCGAGUUUACCGUGUGCGAGGAGUGCUUCAACGCCGUGGUCUGGCCGAUGAUCGAAGACGAGGACAACAGUAGCGAGAUGCCGCGGAAUUUCUACAAGUACAGGCAGACCAAGCCACUUGCCGCUUGUCAGCUGUACAGCGACCGCAUGCGCCGCGUGUUUUUGGAGGCUUGCAAGUACGACGAUUUUGAGUUCCUCACCUCGUGCGUGCUCAAUAGGCUGCAGACCUUGGCCGAGGUCAGGACGAGAUAUAGCGAGCUGCAAAGGGAGGACCAGGAGGAUCCGGGGGUGCAGGAUGAGCUCGCAGCUCUGGCGAGGCAGUUCAAGGAGGUCGAGUAACGCUGAUGAGGGGUUCGUAAGGUUUCAAUCGGUAUGCGUACGGGAGCGUGCUUGGGGCGUCAUAGGGGCAGCGGGUCUAGCUAUGUUUGUGAUACCACGCGCUGGAGCAGCGAGCCUAGGUACCAGGUUGUGCUGUCAAGCACUCAGUACGACGUGAAAUGGGAAAUAUGAGAUUCGCAUUCACCCGAUUUGCUGCAGAUGGGCAUACGCGGC